AACCACAACCGAUACCAGGAACCACCAACAAAACCACCAAGGAUUUUAUCACCAAGAUUUAAAGCCCAAACAGCAAAGCAGAACGCAAAAUGACAGUCCCAGAGCACAGCUUCGCCGCGCCCGCGCAGACGGUGACUUGCAAUGGCUUGCUUUUCGACAUGGACGGAACGAUUAUCGAUUCCACCGAGGCGGUGGUUAAGAAUUGGCAGAAGAUAGGCCGAGAAAUCGGCGUCGACGCAGACGUGAUCCUCGCAACCUCCCACGGCCGCCGCUCCAUCGACGUGCUCGCCAUGUACGAGCCGAAGCUGGCCAACUGGGACUACAUCAGCCGGGUGGAAGCCCUCAUCCCGACCGAAUACGGGGCCGACGCCGUCGAGAUCCCCGGGUCGCGCGCCUUCCUGGACGACAUCGAUCGGAGGUCGUUGCCAUGGUGCAUCGUGACGUCCGGGACGAGGCCUUUGGUUAGCGGAUGGCUGGAUGUUUUGAAACUCGCACAUCCUAAAAAUCUUGUGACGGCCGAGGACGUCGAACACGGCAAGCCAGAUCCGGCAUGCUACCUCCUAGGGCGAACCAAGCUCGAGCUGGCGCAGGAGAACCCCUCGGUCGUCGUCUUUGAGGAUGCUCCCGCGGGCGUGCGCUCUGGCAAGGCCGCUGGGUUCAGAGUCGUAGCGCUGGCGACGACGCACAAGAUCGAGCAGUUGGUCGACGCCGGCGCAGACUGGAUCGUCCGCGACAUGAGGAGCGUGAGGCUGAAGUCUUGGAACAAAGGGACCGGAGAAGCUGAGUUGGAAAUCGUGGACGCUUUGCUAUUAUGUGAUACGACUUGAUUCAGAUUUGUGAUUUGAUCUGCAUUGGUUUUUUGCGUUUGUA